UCUUUCUUGCUCGUAUCCAUUACCCAAUUCUCUGCCAUGGUCUUCACCAAGACAUUUGCCUUUCUCUGCUCCGUCUGCUUAUGCUCGUCCCUGAUUUUGGGCCGUGAUUUUUCCAUCGUGGGCUACUCCUCCCAGGACUUGAAGUCCAUGGAUAAGCUGAUUGAGCUGUUCGAAUCAUGGAUGGCAAAACACGGCAAGAUUUAUGAAAGCAUCGAGGAAAAGUUUCGUAGAUUCGAUAUUUUCAAGGAUAACUUGAAGCAUAUUGAUGAGAGAAACAAGAUGGUGAGUAACUACUGGCUGGGGCUGAAUGAAUUCGCUGAUUUGAGCCACCAAGAGUUCAAGGCCAAGUACCUUGGGCUCAAGCCCGAGUUUUCUACAAGAAAAGAGUCCACUGAAGAUUUCACUUGCAGAGAUGUUGUUGAUUUGCCCAAAUCGGUGGAUUGGAGGAAGAAAGGCGCCGUCACCCACGUCAAGAAUCAAGGCUCAUGUGGUAGUUGUUGGGCAUUCUCAACUGUUGCGGCCGUGGAGGGAAUAAAUCAGAUUGUGACGGGGAAUUUGACAUCUCUGUCAGAGCAGCAAUUGAUUGAUUGCGACAGGACUUAUAACAAUGGGUGCAAUGGGGGGCUCAUGGAUUAUGCAUUCUCCUUUAUAGCCGCUAACGGGGGAAUCCAUAAGGAGGAAGACUAUCCUUACAAAAUGGAGGAAGGCACCUGCGAAAUGACCAAGGGUGAAUCCCGAGUCGUCACUAUUAGCGGUUACCGUGACGUGCCCCAGAACAACGAACGGAGCUUAUUGAAAGCACUUGCAAACCAACCCCUCAGUGUGGCCAUAGAGGCUUCCGGUAGGGAUUUCCAAUUUUACGGCGGGGGAGUUUUCGAUGGGCACUGCGGAAGUGAACUGGAUCACGGGGUGGCAGCUGUUGGCUAUGGGACAUCAAAAGGGCUGGAUUAUAUCAUUGUCAAGAACUCGUGGGGGCCCAAGUGGGGAGAGAAGGGGUACAUCCGUAUGAGGCGAAACACAGGCAAGCCCGAGGGCCUCUGUGGAAUUAACGUGAUGGCUUCUUAUCCCACCAAGACUAACUCCACUCACAUCCAGUGUUGAUGCUUUUCUUUCUACCAACGUAACCGUUUCUUAUUAUCUUAUGUAUUCUAAUAAGCAUGACAACCAUUGCUCUUCUAAAAAGAACUAUAUUCAAACACACAAAUGGGAAGCAGCGUGUAUCACAGAAAAUGGUGAAGCUCUAUAUAAUGAUAACUUUCGUA